GAACUCGUUUGAGCACAGAAAGAUAUUGUUUAUUUUAUAAUUGUGUCUUCCUUCUCCUACGAGGUCACAUUGCAAUGCCUCUGGUGGGUUAGGGAGUUUACCAAGCAGGUUUACCAAAAGGACAAUUAAAACCCUUGUCAAACUAAAGAAAAUGGGGGUACCUACGUCCAGUUGGUAACUCCUUAACCCAAAUAAAAACUUUCCUUCUUUUGUAGCUCUCUAACUAUUGUAUAGCACUGGUAUAAGCGAGCCUGCGCCUUUGAUGCCAAUUGAUCCAUCCCUGUGGUGUUGUAGGUUGUCCAGCGUGGUUGAUCGUUGUUCGUCGUAGAAGAACCUCUGAGUAAUCCACAAUGGCUAUGGCUAAGUGUGUUAUGGUUGGAGAUGAAGCUGUGGGAAAAACAUGCUUAGUUUUAUCACAUGGAAAUUAUGAAUUUUCAAGCGAUUGCGUACCCAGUUUUGAAAAUGGUUACGAUUUUCCGACUGAUAUUGAUGGUCGACCAUUCACUACAAGGGUUUUUGAAGUAGGACAAAAAGACUACGACAGGUUAAGACCAUUGUUAUAUCCUCAAACAGACGUGUUUCUCGUCUGCUUUUCUGUAGUUGCACCGUUGUCAUUUGAAAAUGUGAAAGAAAAAUGGGUUCCUGAAAUUAUGCAUCAUUGUCCCAAUACACCAUUUCUACUGGUCGGCACGCAAGUUGACCUAAGAGACGAUGCAGCGAUCUUGGAAAAACUAGCAAAAACAAAACAGAAACCAAUUUCGUCAAAGCAAGGAUACAAAUUAGCACGAAAAGUAAAAGCUGUGAAAUUCGUCGAAUGUUCCGCCCUAACGCAGCAGAGCGUACAGAACGUUUUUCAUAAAGCCCUAAAGGUUACUUUCGAGCCACCAAGGGUGCAAAAAAAGAAAACGUGUCUGAUACUCUGAGUGGAUGCUGAUUGUAUAUAUAUACCUAUCUAUAUAUAGACGAUAAUGCUACGAAAAGGACACUCCAUGUUUUUGUAAGAAAAUUGUAAACAAAACUCUACUACUUUUUAGUCAUAUUCAGUGUUGUAGUUUCGUUUUUUUUUGGUUAAAGGGUAAUGUGUGGUGAAUACGUUACGAACAGAUGAUAUCUUUAAGGUGUGGUCAGAGCCCCCUUCUAGGUGAACAAUAACUAAGUGAUAUCGACUCCGUAUAGAUUUUUAAUAAUGGUUUCGAAAUGAAUGGAAUUGUCUAAGCCAUAAAUAAUGUAUAAUUUUUAUAAUUCCGCAUAAAGUGGAAAUUAUUUGUGUAACAUGAGCGCUAUUUGUAAGUGAUUUUUUUAAGAAAAACCAUCGCUGAUAAAAUCAAAUUAUUCUCCA